AUGGUCGCGCAUGGUAUCCACUCGUGAAUGGAAGUGGCCCCCCGGGCUGUGUGAACACAAUGUGAACAGUUACUUUGCAUAUUCCGAGGCAACUGCACAGUGUGAAAAUAUAUGUUCACACAGUCCACUAUGUGAACACACUGUGUGACACUGUGUUUUUACUAGCAUGGUCGAUAAGAAAUCAAACCAUAAAAAUAAUACGCCCAAUCUAUCAUCAUGAUCAUGGUGCAGAAAGCUGAAUUUACUUCUAUCAGCGUCUAUGAACACAGACUGAUCAAUAUUUUUGAUACGCAACAGUGACUUCACAGAAAGCUAGGCGUCACCGAUUUAGUGAAAGCGAUCUCAAGAAUACACGAAGAUAGAAGAAAACAUUAUGUAAUACUCUAUACACAGCCCGCACGGAGACGUAGAAGUAGGCUGUAUUCGUCCUGCUUCCUUGACAUAAAAGAGGUAUAUCGCUGUACUCAUUUUACCUGGUGAGCCUACUUUCUCUUCCAAGUUCCCGGGGUUCAAGAUCAACAUGGAUGAACCUCCCGUCUACACGCCACUGCAACAACCACCUCAAAGUGCCGCCUACCCACCUCCGGGGUCAUAUCCACAAGGUCAACCGGGAUACCCACAAGGUCAAGUGGCAUACCCACAAGGUCAAGUGGCAUACCCACAAGGUCAACCGGGAUACCCACAAGGUCAAAUGGCAUACCCACAAGGUCAAGUGGCAUACCCACAAGGCCAACCGGUAGCAUACCCUCAAGGUCAACCAGGGGUAGUAUAUUCACCCGGUCAGCAAGUCGUGAUUACUCAAGGGGUGCCCGCAACGCAAGUUUACCAUACUGGUAGCCAGGGGUGCUGUGCGGACACCACCGAACACUUCAACGGGAAAGCCGGACUGGUCACCGGAGUGGUUCAUCUAAUCGCUGCUGUCUUAUCUAUCAUACUCGGUGGAGUAGCAUACACUUUUCCUGUGAUCCAAAUCGGCUAUGGAAUCUGGUCUGCUAUCCUCUUCAUAAUUCCCACCGGACUUCUUGGAGUUGUGAGCAGGAACAAGCAGUCAUGUGUUAUCAUCGCAUACAUGGUCAUGUCCAUUUUGUGUAGUUGGACAGCUUUUGGGAUGCUUGGUUACGAGAUCGUCGUGUCGGCUGUCCUGUCGUAUUACCAGCAUUGCUACUUUAGUUUCACCGGUUUCGACUCCUCCUACAUUUGCACCAAUGAAUAUUCAGCGGGGUCCGUUAUUGUUCAUGCCUUCCUCGCUUUCUUGGCUCUGGUCGAGGUGAUUAAUUCCAUUGUGGGUGCUGCCUUCUGCUGUGGGGGACAUCCCUGCUGCUGUGGAAAGCCUUCUGCCCCCACUACUACCACGGUCCAAUACAGCCAGACUGCAGCACAGCCAAUGACGGUGACAGCUCAAAAAUACGCCCCAGGUCCAGGCGCAGAUGGACAGUAGAUGCCGUUAAUAUGACGCCAGAUAGACUAUAUCGACAUAUCUGCAGUAUAAUAAAGAUAAAAAUAUAGUACAAGUAAUCAACAGCUUGUUCAUACUAUUGAAAAAAAAAGCCAUGUUGGUGUGUUUUGUUGGGCGGUUGACACCGAACACUUUCAGAGUCAGAUAGUCAGGAUAAACGAACUUCGAUUAAACAGACCAAAAUUAUAUAUCUUUUAUGCAUGUAUUUAAUCAAUAUAUCACUUUUGAAUCACAGCUAUAUAAUCCAAAAGCUUCGUACUGUGCCUUUAUUGAAGGAAAUAAUUCAAUGUUCAUGAUUUGUUAAAUUCUCCGUAGUUUGAGAAAUCGUUGCAUUAAUUGAACAAUCCUCUUCUUUCCAUAUGAGCUUGGCAUUCUAUAAAAAAUAUUGGUGCACAAGAAAUUAAAACAUUUAAGUUUAACAAAACGGAGGAGGCUUGCCUUUAACAGUGCUUGAAAACAAACAAGCAUCAUACCUCUAAUUAAUCAUAGAUGAUAACUGAGAUUAAUAUGUUUUUAUAUAAAUAUUUAUUCCGAAAUUGAACUCCAUAAAAAGUAAAUAAAAAGCACAGACAUAAAUCUCAAUUUGAAGACAGUUUUGUCAGGAGUAUACUUUAAUUGAUUGAUUUAGUUUUAAUGAGUCUCUUUUCCAGUUGUGUGAUAUAAAAUGCUUGUUUUAAUUGAGAAGGACACUUUGUAAGGGUAUUAAUAAUUACUUGCUUUCACUGUUUACGCAACUUUAAUAAGAUAUCGAAUUAGGAGCAACGCUGUAGAAUGAGUUCGGUAAAUGAGGAAAUUGUGUCUUUGUUUUAUGUGGAAAUAUAUAGUUACUUGUGCUUGAAAGGUCUAAGCUUAAUAUUUCAGAAAUUGGAGGCUAUGUGACUCCUAUUCCUUGGGCAUCGUGUAGAGCAUACAUGAUAUUAGAAAUUAAAACUUAUCAUACUUUAAGAAAAAAGGUCAAUAAAAAAAAUAGUUGUAGAAUGAGUUUGGUAAAUGAGAAAAUUGUGUCUUUGUUUUAUGUGGAAAUAUAUAGUUACUUGUUCUUGAAAGGUCUAAGUUUAAUAUUUCAGAAAUUGGAGGCUAUGUGACUUCUAUUCCUUGGGCAUCGUGUAUACUGCACUCUAAAUUACAGGGAUUUAAAAUAAGUCCAGAUGGACUGUAGCUAGGGACCAAUCGAUUUCUGAAUUUAGUUUUAAUCCUAACGACUUAAAUUUAAAUCUCAAAUGAUUUAAAUUUAAAUCUUUCGAGAUUUAAAAAUGAAUCUUAAGGAUUCAAACUAAAUCCGGAAUUCGAUUGGUCCCUAACUACAGUCCAUGUGGACUUGUUUUAAAUCCCUGUAAUUUAGAGUGUGUAGAGCAUACAUGAAAUUAGAAAUAAAAACUUAUCACACUUUAAGAAACAAAGUCAAUAAAAAAAAUAGAUCCAUCAUUUUUUUUUUCAGUGGGCGGUUCGCGCCAAUAAGUGGAAUUUCCCUGUUUGCGCCAAUCUGGUUGGCGUUACCCUUGUCUUACGCAUUUGAGGAUUGAACUCAUUGCGUAGAUUAUACGCCAAUUUAUAGCGCAGUCUUGAGGUGUUGGGCGUGGAAAGGUACAAGCUAGCGGGCCAUGUGGAGGGCGUGACAGGGAGGGGGGGGGGGGUUAAUAAUCUAAUAUCAUGUUGACUAAUAUAUGUCUAAUAUCAAUAUCCAAUUUCAUCAAUGAAUUUUGAAACUUGAAAACUUGAAACUUGUCCACUAUUUCGCUUGCUCGCCUCUCGAGCUUCAUAAUCGUCAGUUUCAUCCCUUGGCCCCUAUUUUGAUGCAUUUUUAUUGUUUUAUGUUUUGUUUACUAUAACUGUUACAGGCCUAUCCCGUCACAAGUUUCUGUUUUCUGGGAUUUACGCCUUUUUCUGUGCGCAUAAUUUGUAAAUACUGCACUUAUAUAUCUUUAUAUGGUUGUCCAAUAUUUGAUUCACAUUACUUUAUAUAAAAUUAAAUUUCUGUUUGAUUAUAA